GUCUGUGUCAUAAUUUUUUAGUAAAUAGAUACACGUGAUUUUCUAAUUGAUCUACAAAUCUAUAUAUCUGUGUCAUACUAUAUAUUUGUGUUCUGUGCUACAAAUAUUCAGUAAAAUUAUUUAUAUAAAGCGUUUUUUCUCAAAAACUGACUAUCACCGUCUAGUGCAAAAUGCCUAAAAACAAGAAAAAACUUAAAGGAGUUACUUUCCAAUUGGUCCAUAGGAGUCAACAGGAUCCUCUUGUGGCCGAUGAAACUGCCCCACAGCACGUUCUGGUUCCUUUAACUCAAAAAGAAACGAAAGCCGAAAAAGAGAAGAGAAUCGAAGAACAACACAAAUAUGGAAUCUAUUUUGAUGAUGAUUUUAAUUAUUUACAACAUCUUAAAGAACGAUCAGAUAAUGUUGUGGAAUGGCCCGAGCAUGUUGAAGCAGAACUUAAAAAAAGAGAAGAAAAAAAGAAAUCGAACAUUGCUUUGCCUUCUUCUGUGUUCGCUUCAGAGGUAGAAGAAGAAGUUGGUAUGCUUGGUAAGGCAGCCCCUAUAUCAGGCCCACAGCUUCACUUGGACCCAGAAUUAGUGGCGGCAAUGGAUGAUGAUUUUGAUUAUAACGAUCCAGAAAAUCAGUUGGAAGAUAAUUUUAUGGAACUGGCGCAAGGGGUGGCAUCGGAUGAUGAAUUUAACGAACAGGAUGAAGACGAUUAUCUGGAUUCUGAUUUUGAUGGUGAGGAAAUUGAUGAAGUUGGAUCUCUAGGUUCAGACAUGUCAUUUUCAAAAGAAGAAACCAAAUCAAGAUUUACAAAUUACUCUAUGACAAGCUCAGUUAUAAGAAGGAAUAAUCAGUUAACCUUAUUGGAUGACAGAUUUGAAAAGAUGUACGAAGAAUAUGAUGACACAGAAAUUGGAGCAUUAGAUACAGAAGAAAUUGAAGGACAUGUAUUAGAAAAUUCUGAUUUAUUGUUACAGUGUGCCACUGAAUUUGAGAAGGAACAAGCAAGAGAACAUUUGGACAAUGAAAAGUUAAGUCAGAAGAUUAAAGAAAGAUUAGAGAAACUUCAAGAGAGUGACAGUGAAGGUGAAGUGCAAUAUGUUGAAAUCAAUGAACCAGAAAAGUGGGAUUGUGAAACAAUUUUAAGCACUUAUUCAAAUUUGUAUAACCAUCCGAAAAUUAUUAAAGAACCGAGGAAUAACAAAAUUAAAGUAGAUUCGAGAACAGGAAUACCAAGAAAUGUCAUUGGAGAAAACAAAUUAACGGCGAAAGCUUUAAAUCAAUUGGAUCAGCAAUAUACUGGAGUCCAAGGGCCAAAAUCAGUUGGCGGGCAAUCGAUUAUUUCUCAAUUAUCGACCCUCUCAUUAAGACCGAAAGACGAAUCGCCGGAAGACAGGAAAGAACGAAAAAAAGCUUUAAAAGAAUAUAGAAAAGAGCGAAGAUUAGAGAAGAAAUUGAAUAGCGAGGCGUUUAAGGAGGAGGCGAAAAGACAGGUGAAAAUUAGGAUUAAUAAUAGGAAUAAUGUGCAGGGAAACCGAAUAUUAUAAUUUAUUUAUUAAGAGUUGUUGUAUUGUACUUUAAAAACAUUAUUUGUUAUAGUAAGCAUUUUAGAAAAAUAAAUAAAUUAAAGUUGUUAA